AUGGACAUACGUGGAUUCGCCUACGAGUUAGAUGAAAAUAAUGAUAAUGUUGGUGGUGAUAAUGUUAAUGUUGAUAAUGAUAAUGUAGAUGUGAAUAAUGACAAUGUUAAUGUUGAUAAUAAUAAUAUUAAUGUGGAGCAAGAAGAUGUGAAUCUGAAUAAUGUUGAUGAUUUUGAUCAAAAUGUGGAGGAAAAUUCAGACCAUAAUAUUCACAAUUAUGCCCUUAUUGAGAUUUGCCUAAACAACAAUGUUCAAGAAAAUAAUUCUGUUUCUCGUGAGAUAUAUGAUCCAAGGAUAUGGGAAGCUCUUGAUCAAAAAUCGAUUGACAUUUUGGCUCUCAAUGGCUCUAAAAGAGACUUAACCAUAGUGAAAGGCCCUAAAGACAAAGUAUCUAAGAGAUUUACUGCAAAUUUAUAUAGUAGAUAUUUGCCUAAUGGUGAAACUUGUGAUAGAGACUGA